AUGCCGGGAGAAGCAUCGGAUAUCGAGAGGAAGCUAGAGGCGCCGAUGCCAUGGAUAGGCAUGUAUGUCGCCAUGGCCUCCCUCGUCUGUGCUCUUGCAAUGGCAGCUGAUACCAUCCAUGGAUUCAGAGGCAAGAAGCACUGGUUGCCGAGUAAAGUCUUCUCGCUCAACGCAACUUCCUUGACGUUGCUAGCUGUGGCCAUGAAGCUGCCAGUGGAUCUCACAACUCGGAUGUAUGCUGCCACGGAUCGCCUUGCGAAGAUUUGCAGCCUAGCCUUCAUGUCAACUGCUAUGGCCAAUUUCAUGACCAGUUUAGGAUCAAUGGAGGACAAAGACAUGUUGAUGAAUGUGACUGCUUUAGGCAUUCUUGUGGUCACAGUUGUGGUGAAUUUCAUUGUUCAAGUCAUCCAGAUGAGGCAGUUUCUUCGCGGGAGAAAAAUGUUUUGUGAGGAGAUCACCGCAGCUGCUUUCAUGCUCCUCUCACUUCUCAUGGUCAUAUCUUCCGCUGUGAUGGCCCCCGCCACUAAGAAGUAUCUUGAGUCCAAGUACCACGAGAUGAUGAAGAUGGCCUCGGACGAACAAAUCCUGGAGUCGAUGGAGGAGGGAGAUUUCAUGUUUGAUAAACUUAGGAACAUGAUCAAGAAAUAUUGGGUGAUGGCUGAAACCAGCAGUCCUCAGUUUGUCAUUGCGCGGUCCGUUACCUGCACUGCUUCUGGUAUCAUUUCUAUGCUCACUGCUGUUCUCGUGGCGCAAGCUGAGAUCAGACUGGUGAUGGAGUACAAGGGAAUCGACAUAGCUGCCUCCACGUAUGGAUGGUCAACUAAAUGGAUUGUUCUUGCUCAGUCGUUCGGGGUGGCAGUGGGGGCGGUUGCCCCUGCAAUCAGGUGUUUCAACGCGAUCAAGUUCAAAUGCUCGGAGAAUGUGAGCCGGGGCUUCAGAGACGAGUUCAAGAUCGAUGCUUACUGGAUACAGAUGAUGGUGGAGUGGAGACAGAGCUCUCUGCCUAUGCAGAUCAGAGACAGAAAGUGGAGGAAGUUUCUUCACAAAACCAAAGGCCUAAUAUUGAGCUUUCUUGUAAGAGUGCAGAUUCUGAUAGUUCUUUGUAGCACAGCACUUAGAUACAUAUUUUUCUGCUUUGCAACUCCAUGCUUCCACUGUUUGAAAAGAUUGAAGAGUAUAUUCAGCUCGAGGAAAUCACAAGUUCAUGGGAUUUCUGGAUCACAGCAAGAAAUUCUAGACCUGAGCCGUUAUGUUCUGCUGCUCGAAGGUGAGGCCGAGCUUCCUCAGAAAAUCCAAGUGAACAUAUGUGAGGAAGUGGACAGACUGGUGAGGACCGGGAAGAAGCAGCAGCCAAAGAAUCUCCUAAGCCUGCUUCACAAAGUCGGAAACUUCAAAGGGCUGAGAAAAGUCGACAAGAACCAAGUUCCGAGCCUGCAUUCUCAAGAGCCUCCCAAGUGCUGGUCUUUGCCUUUGGUGACACUGACAAGCAUAGCUAUUGCACUUCCUAACAUCCCAAAGAAGGAGGUGAGCUGGCUGCUGCGGAGCGUGGAUGAAGGGCUGUUCUACGUUAAGCUCAUCGAGAAAACACUUGACAAGAAGGGGAAUCUAGUGAACAGCAGAAAUGCAGCAGAUGUGAUUUGGGUUGGAGUGGAGCUGUACCGCAAAUGGCAGGAUAACGAUCUCCAAGAGACGUCUCUCAAGGGGAGGGACUCAAAGGAGAUGCUACAGGAACUGUCGAAGCAAGCAGAGCAAGGCAUUGUGGAUUUCAAGAGAGAGGUGAGAGAUUUUGUGACGGAAAACCCCCUAAACUGGCCAGUUAAGGCCAUUGCUGCAAACUCAAUGUACAGAAUCUGCCAGAGGCUUCUCAAGGCCUAUGAAGGCGAUCAUCUGCAUGCGGACGAGAGACUUUUCCAACAGUUGGCCAACAUGAUAGCAAAUAUACUAGCAGCGUCGCUUACCAAUCUGAUGCGCGUUGUGAUCAUCAAGUGUCACCAGAGGGACAUCAAGAAGAAGGAGAAGAACGUGCGCGAAGCAGCUCUUCUGUUGGGGGAAACAGAAGAGAUUCUUCAAGUUCUUCAGCAGCACAGAGCUACAACAAGAACGGAUCCUGAUGAAUCGGAGUUUAUUGAAAAAUGGUGUAACUUGUUGAUCAAGAGGAAAGUUUAG